AAUCGAACACGUCGAUAAGCUGUUUAGAGUGAAUUCUCGCGGGCUUUGUUUUCCAGAAAAAUCGCAAAUCCAACCUACGAGAUUGCAGUAACGUGUAGUCCACAGAUCCACACUUGUGGGAAAUUGUAUAAACAAUGCUACUGGACUUGCUUUAAAGUGUGAAAACGAUCAAGUGUUUUGUGCAUCGUUCCGACCGUCAAUUAUCUCGUGUAAGAGAUCAUAAAUUUCAAUGGCCAACCAAGCAUCCACGUAACAGUGAUGUGCUUAAAGUGCUAAAGCUUCUAUAUGCCUCAAAAUAAGUGUAUACAGUCGUUAUUUUUAUUACAAAACUGCAGUCCAGACCAUCACAAUGAUUCUGACUACUAAAAUUAGCAAUGGAACUAUCCCCAAACGUUUAAUAGUGACGAUCAUGAUAUUUGUUGCAUGUACUGCAUCGUUCAUGCUGCGGGUGCAUAUGUCAAUAAAUCUUCUAGCCAUGAUACAACCAAUUACUAAAGCUACCACAAACGAUAGCAUGGCGUUAUCACAUAAUGCUUUCAACAACACAUUAAUCCAAAGCUCAAAUGGCACAUCCAACAGCGGUGAUUUAAUCUCUCCCGUUAAAACUGCAGUCAAUUAUGGGUCCCGCUACGAAUGGAGUCAGAACGUGCAGAGUCACAUUUUGGGCGCCUAUUUUUAUGGAUAUCUGCUAACUUCGCUUCCCGCAGGACCACUGGCGGAACGAUAUGGGCCACAGCGCUUGAUCGGCUACUCCUUCCUGCUCUGUGCAUUUGUAACGGCCCUCUUUCCGCUGUUUGCAGCCAUCGAUGCCUGGGCUGUCAUAGCUGGACGCUUUCUAAUAGGUGUACUUAGCGGUUGCGUGUAUCCAACACUACACAACGUUAUCUCACGAUGGAUACCCCCAAAUGAAAAAAGUAAAGCCGUCGCCUGCAUUGCCGGUGGAAGCACAUUCGGCACAGUUAUAACGUGGCCCUUCGCUGGACUUUUGAUAGAGCACUUCGGUUGGGUUUACGCCUUCUAUGUACCGGCCAUCAUAUCCGGGAUUGUCGCGAUAGUCUGGAUUUGGCUCGUCUCGGACACUCCCGCUGAGCAUAAAACGAUUACCAAAGAGGAGCGCGAAUUUAUUGAAGCUUCAUUUGGUACCACAGUAUCGAAAAACAAAUCCCGACCUCCUUUACUUAAGGUUCUCACCUCUCUUCCAUUCAUUGCCCUAAUCCUGUCACACUACAGCAGCUUCUGGGGGUUAAAUUUUUUCGUCACCCAAGCUCCGAAAUUUAUGAACGAAGUACUCGGUUUCAAGUUGGCAAACGCGGGAUUUCUCUCAAGCCUCCCUUACUUGGCGCGCAUGUUUUCUGGAUUUAUCUUUGGCUACAUCGGCGAUACACUGCGCAGCAAAACAAUUAUGAGUGUUACAGCGUUACGCAAAUCUUUCACCUUGUUUUCUCACUUCCUGCCAGGCGCUUUCAUGAUUGCGCUACCAUUCAUUGCGGAAGAUCCCAUUGUAACGGUCGCAUGUAUUGUUGCCUGUCUUGGAUUUAACGGAGCUUCUACAAUCACUAAUCUUGUUAAUGCUCAGGAUCUUGCACCGAACUUUGCUGCUACAUUGUACGGUAUGAUGAACUUCCUAGCAACAACCGCCGGGUUUUUGGCGCCAAUGACCGUUGCCUUUUUUACAAAAGAAAAGAGUACAAUGGAUGAAUGGAAGUACGUAUUUCUUAUAACUGCCGGAUUUUACAUUGUCUCUGGAGCCAUCUUUACCGUCUUUGGUUCAGGUAAAGUGCAAAAGUGGAACGAAGUCAAGGAACAGUCUGCACCCAAGCCGCAUUCUUAGGUUUGGUUUGGUUUUUCACACAUUUGGUUUUUCUCAAACGUUUGUUAAUGCUAAUGAGACAUUUGUAAGAUAAAAUGUAAUCAUUUAAUUACAUGCUCAAGAGACUUUUGUAAGAUGAAA